AUUUGUUUCUCAGCAGGCUUUCCUUUUUACAUAAUACUUAGUCAAAGCUUUCUUUCUCUACAACGCUGAGCUCAUAACAAUGGAUAUCAGCGAAGAGAAAUCAGCAAAGUCACAGUUACCCAUUGAAGGAGAUCACGAACAGAAAGCAACAAAGUCAGAAGAAACAGCUAAGGAAAAUGAUCAAGGGAUCAUCACUGCACCAAAGACUGUAAAAAUUGAAAGUGAUGCAAAUAUAGCUGCAGAACAAGUUAAAGAAGAAAAUCCAACUGAGGACAAGAAAAAUGAAGAAGUUAAGAAUGAAGAGAAAGCCGGUGAAGAUACAAAAGAAAGUGCAGAAGGGCUAGAUGAGGAGAAGAAGCCAAGUGAAAAAAAGUUCAAAUGCCGGCCAAUAGCGUUUCUGUUGGGACUUCCAUUUGCCCUUAUAUCUCUUGUCCUCGCUUUUGUUGGAGGAAUUAUCUGGAUUUUCGGGUUAAUGUUAACAUGCAUAUGCCCCUGCUGCUUCUGUGUGACAAUCUUGGUUGAAAUGGCACUUGGUCUAGUCAAUGCUCCUUUUGCCUUAUUCCAGUAUAUCACUGAUAAAAUACCUUUCUGAAGAUUGUACGUUUCAUGGGAAUUAUGGGAUUUAAAUUGAAGAUUUCUCCUUCCAGUCUUCAAAAUUUUGUUUUAGUGGUCCUUUAAUUUUGGUCUCUUCAAGUUUAAGUGUCCUACAUCCAGUAAAUUUGCUUCAUUUGGUUGGUUGUUCUCGAUCUUUUUACAGCGUUAGAUUAAUGUAAAUUUCAUGUAAGUACCUAUUAUUCUCAUAAAUAUUGCUAUUUGAGAGCGAUUUUCUUGUAAAACAAUAUAUGUAAUUAUGCGUCUUUGAGAGUUCUA